ACUUUUCGUUUGUGUAAUACUGACAGACGCUGUAUUUGACGUCAAAUACAGAAAAGCAUAAGUUAUACUAGUUCAUAUGUGACUCAAGGCUUAAGGGAAGUGACUGAUAGCUGGCCGGAGUUAGACACUCAUUCGUAAACUUGGAUUUUACGCAGACUGUAUUAGCGCAGUUUCCAGAGCGAACGUACGUGUGAAAGAUGUCUGAGACCGGCGGUGCCCUUAACGUCCAAGAGCUGAUCAGGAAGAAACGGGACGGCGAGCAGCUCGACGCGCACGACAUCCGCGCCUUCAUCAGAGGAGUCACAUCGGCGACUAUUCAGGAGAGUCAGAUAGGUGCCAUGCUCAUGGCCAUAUGGCAGAAGGGCAUGGUUGCAGAGGAAACCACAGCAUUAACAAAGGAGAUGAUGAUGUCGGGGAACAUUUUCCACUGGCCUCAGGAGUGGGCGAGGCUUGUGGUGGAUAAACACUCCACAGGUGGGGUUGGAGACAAGGUCAGCCUCCCGUUGGCCCCUGCUUUGGCUGCCUGUGGUUGCAAGGUCCCUAUGAUAAGUGGGCGUGGCCUGGCACACACUGGAGGAACACUGGACAAGCUGGAGUCUAUUCCAGGGUUCAACAUCCAGCAGUCAGUAGACCAGAUCAGGCAGAUUCUGAAGGACGUGGGCUGUUGCAUUGUGGGUCAGACAGAGAACCUGGUGCCGGCAGAUCGCAUUCUUUACGCUCUCAGAGACGCCACUGCUACUGUGGACAGCGUGCCACUUAUUACAGGUUCUAUAAUCGCAAAGAAGGGAGCUGAAGGUCUGUGUGCACUGGUGUUAGAUGUUAAGUAUGGUAGAGCUGCUUUGUACAAAGACUUCAACAGUGCACGCAACCUUGCCCAGUCACUGAUAACUAUGGGAAACAGCUUGGGUAUGAAGACAGGGGCGGUGCUCACUCGGAUGGACACUCCUAUUGGCCGUUGCAUAGGCAAUACUUUGGAGGUGUUUGAAGCCUUAGAAUGCCUCAAGGGGCGUGCCACCGAUGACCUGAAAGAACUGGUAACAUCAUUAGGUGGCUACCUGCUGUGGAUGAGUGGGCGAUCACCUACUCUGCAGACCGGGCAGGAGGAGAUCUCUAGGGUCCUAACAAAUGGGGAGGCCCUUCAUAAGUUCCAAGCCAUGCUGGAGGCCCAAGGGGUGUCUAAAGAUACUGCCCAAGCCCUCUGUUCAGAAAACAUCGACUACUUUAAUCUCAUACCACGUGCUGAGUACCAGACGGAGUUUGAGGCUCUGGAUAACGGGACUGUUUUGGACAUAGACGGAUUACUUAUAGCCACUGUGCUGCACCAGCUAGGAGCCGGCCGUACCAAGGCCGGGGAGUCAAUCAACUACAGGGUGGGAGCAGAGCUCCUGGUGGACCUAGGGCAACAGAUAAGCAAAGGUCAGUCCUGGAUCAGGAUCCAUCACGAUUGCCCCAAACUGAGCCCACAGCAGCACUCCGACCUGCAGGGCACGCUGGUUAUUGGCAGCGGUGAGAGUUACCAGGCUAAAGCCCGUGUGACCGAGUUCAUGCCUCCCCCCUCACUGUAGUGAUUCAGGUUUAACAUACAGAAUAGGCCCCAUUCUUACCCACUCUCUCUUUUGGAAAGUCUGUCAACGCUGACACGUGGCGUUGCUAAUAUUUACCUACAAGUACUAACUAUUUUUGUUUUUUCACAAUUUUUACAUUAUGGUAUUAAUAACAUGUAGCAUAAAUUAAGUGGCAAAUGAAGCCAAGCACUGUGGGAUAAAUUUUGCUAUAUUUGAUAUAAUAAAGAAUAUCAAAAUGAGAUAUUCAAAAAUAAUUAAACCCUCGGCUUCACUUGUAACUAAAAUGAAUUUCAUUAAAUUACCAUUGGGCAUUCAAA